GCCGCCGCCUCCCCGCCGCCAUGGAGAACGCGCACACCAAGACGGUGGAGGAAGUCCUGGCUUACUUCAGCGUCAACGAGAGCACCGGCCUCAGCUCGGAGCAGGUCAAGAAGCUCAGGGAGAGAUGGGGGGCCAACGAAUUACCGGCUGAAGAAGGAAAAACUUUACUUGAGCUUGUGAUCGAACAGUUUGAAGACUUAUUAGUUAGAAUUUUGUUGUUGGCAGCAUGUAUAUCUUUUGUGUUGGCCUGGUUUGAAGAAGGUGAAGAAACAGUAACAGCCUUUGUAGAGCCUUUUGUAAUUUUACUCAUAUUAGUUGCUAAUGCAAUUGUGGGUGUGUGGCAGGAGAGAAAUGCUGAAAAUGCUAUUGAAGCUCUUAAAGAAUAUGAACCUGAAAUGGGUAAAAUAUAUCGACAAGACAGAAAAAGCGUACAAAGGAUAAAAGCUAGAGACAUCGUCCCUGGUGAUAUUGUGGAAGUAGCAGUUGGUGACAAGGUCCCUGCUGAUAUAAGAAUCACUUCUAUAAAAUCUACAACUCUAAGGGUAGACCAAUCAAUUCUCACAGGUGAAUCCGUGUCUGUAAUUAAGCACACAGACCCCGUGCCUGAUCCUCGUGCAGUGAAUCAAGACAAGAAGAACAUGCUCUUUUCUGGUACGAACAUUGCUGCAGGCAAAGCCAUGGGUGUGGUUGUGGCGACAGGGGUGAACACUGAAAUUGGCAAAAUCCGUGACGAAAUGGUGGCCACCGAGCAAGAGAGGACCCCGCUUCAGCAGAAGCUGGAUGAAUUUGGGGAGCAGCUGUCAAAGGUCAUCUCGCUUAUAUGCAUUGCGGUGUGGAUAAUCAACAUUGGUCACUUCAACGAUCCUGUCCAUGGUGGCUCUUGGAUUCGGGGUGCCAUCUACUACUUCAAAAUUGCUGUUGCGCUGGCUGUCGCCGCAAUCCCCGAGGGCCUGCCUGCUGUCAUUACCACCUGCUUGGCUCUGGGGACUCGCCGAAUGGCCAAAAAGAAUGCUAUUGUUCGAAGCCUACCAUCUGUGGAAACCCUGGGCUGCACUUCAGUCAUCUGCUCAGACAAGACAGGCACUCUCACCACCAACCAGAUGUCUGUCUGCAGGAUGUUCAUUCUGGACAGAGUGGAAGGGGAUAGCUGCUCUCUGAAUGAAUUUACAGUGGCUGGCUCAACAUAUGCUCCUCUGGGAGAAGUGCAUAAAGAUGAAAAACUUGUCAGAUGCUCUCAGUAUGAUGGCCUUAUAGAGCUUGCAACCAUCUGUGCCCUCUGCAAUGAUUCUUCUCUGGAUUUCAAUGAGGGAAAGGGAGUGUACGAGAAGGUUGGUGAAGCUACAGAGACCGCCCUCACUUGCCUGGUUGAAAAGAUGAACGUGUUCGACACGGAAUUGAAAGGCUUGUCCAGAAUUGAACGCGCAAACGCUUGCAACUCGGUGAUAAAGCAACUCAUGAAGAAAGAGUUCACUCUUGAAUUCUCACGAGAUAGAAAGUCGAUGUCUGUGUACUGCACUCCGAACAAGCCCAGUCGGACAGCCAUGAGCAAGAUGUUCAUUAAGGGUGCUCCCGAAGGCGUGAUUGACAGGUGUACGCACGUCCGGGUCGGAAGCACUAAGAUACCAUUGACGCCAGGAAUUAAGCAGAAGAUCCUGACUGUCAUCCGAGAGUGGGGCUCGGGCAGAGACACUCUGCGUUGCCUAGCUCUGGCAACACAUGACAAUCCGCUUAGGAGGGAUGAAAUGAACCUGGAGGAUUCUGCAAACUUCAUUAAUUACGAGACCAAUUUGACCUUCGUUGGCUGUGUGGGAAUGCUGGAUCCCCCCAGAAUUGAAGUGGCUUCGUCCAUAAAGCUGUGCAGGCAAGCCGGCAUUCGUGUGAUCAUGAUAACCGGGGACAAUAAAGGGACUGCCGUGGCCAUCUGUCGUCGCAUUGGCAUCUUUGGGGAAGAUGAGGAUGUCACCACGAGAGCCUUCACGGGCCGUGAGUUUGAUGAACUCUCCCCAGCUGCCCAGAGGGACGCUUGCCUAAACGCCCGCUGUUUUGCCCGUGUGGAACCUUCCCAUAAGUCUAAAAUUGUCGAGUUUCUGCAGGCUUUUGAUGAGAUCACAGCUAUGACUGGUGAUGGUGUAAACGAUGCCCCAGCCCUGAAGAAGGCAGAGAUUGGAAUUGCAAUGGGGUCGGGCACCGCGGUAGCAAAGUCAGCUUCAGAAAUGGUGCUGGCAGAUGACAAUUUCUCGACGAUCGUAGCUGCUGUGGAAGAGGGCCGCGCAAUCUACAAUAACAUGAAACAGUUCAUUCGCUACCUCAUCUCUUCCAACGUGGGGGAGGUUGUCUGUAUCUUCCUGACGGCUGCUCUGGGUUUCCCCGAAGCUUUAAUCCCUGUCCAGCUGUUGUGGGUAAAUCUUGUGACGGACGGCCUCCCUGCCACCGCCCUGGGAUUCAACCCCCCUGAUCUGGACAUCAUGGACAAACCUCCUCGCAACCCUAAAGAGCCCCUGAUCUCCGGCUGGCUCUUUUUCCGUUAUUUGGCAAUUGGAUGCUAUGUUGGAGCUGCUACGGUGGGGGCUGCCGCUUGGUGGUUUAUUGCUGCUGACGGUGGCCCAAGGAUCACCUUCUACCAGCUGAGCCAUUUCCUGCAGUGCAAAGAUGAAAACCCAGAUUUUGAAGGUGUUGACUGUGUCGUCUUUGAGUCUCCGUAUCCUAUGACAAUGGCUCUUUCUGUUCUGGUCACAAUUGAGAUGUGCAAUGCCCUCAACAGCUUGUCGGAGAACCAGUCUUUGCUACGGAUGCCUCCGUGGGAGAACGUCUGGCUGCUGGGUUCCAUCUGCUUGUCCAUGUCUCUUCAUUUCCUCAUCCUUUAUGUGGAGCCACUGCCACUGAUCUUCCAAAUCACACCUCUGAAUCUGAUCCAGUGGCUGAUGGUGUUGAAAAUCUCGCUGCCCGUCAUUCUGCUGGAUGAGACACUUAAAUUUGUGGCGCGUAACUACUUAGAGCCGGGUAAAGAUACUCUGCUGCCUGCCACCAAACCACGUCCUCUGUCCGCAUGCACUGAAGGGAUUUCCUGGCCGUUUGUGUUCAUUACCUUUCCCUUGGUUAUCUGGCUGUAUAGCACAGACACUAACUUUAGUGACAUGUUCUUGUCUUGACCUGAAGUGAUAACAGUUUGACAGAGAGAUGUUUAACUUAAUCAAUUUUUAUUGUUUGAAGCAAUUGUCUUAUUCUGCUGAAUUUUCACAUGAACAUAUUUGCCGGUGACUGAGGUUUCAUAUUCCUAGAUUUUUGGGUUUUCUUAUUUUGUUUCCUGACUCCAGUAGGGGAGCAGUAUUUCCCCCCUCUUUUAUACACAACUAGGGUGUCCAUUGACAUGUACAGAGAAAUUAACACUAUUUUAUGCAAAUAUUUUUUGUAGAGGAGACGCAUGUACAGUGUUCUGUUUAAUAGUUAACUCAUCCUUGUAAAAACAAAAGUGUUUUGUGGGGGGGGGGGGGAGUGCCAGUGGACACUAUUUAGCAAACUUCAAUUGGUAGCAGAUUUUAGGGAAUGAAUGUUUUUGCGUGUCCUUUUUUUCUCCAACUAAAAGCAUGCAGUUGUGUGUGUCUUCUGCAUGGUCAUCUAAUCUUAAUUUGUCAUUCAGUUGGGCUUUUUCUGCACUGGGCAGAGUAUGAGGCUACCUCAGUAUA